AUGGCGCCGCCGGUGCUGUUGGUGGUGGGUCCCCCCGCGUCGGGGAAGACGUCGCUGCUGCAGCGGUUCCUACACGACUCCUGUGAAGAUGAUCCGAAGCCAAGCAUCGGAAUGCAGACAGGGAUGUUCUUCCACCUGGACCCGGAGGACGCCAUCUUCGCCGAGCUCCGGGAGCUGCUGCCCAGCCACGGCGUCACCUUUGAGCUGAUGGAAAUCGGAGGACGGGAACCUGUCCAUAGAGAGAUGCCAAGAGGACGCUAUGUUUGUGGUCUGAUGUUGUGCUAUGAUUGCAGGGACCGGACGUCGUUCUUGCGGCUGAAGCACGUGCUCUGCCGGCACCGGAUGGACCGACACAUGGAGAUCUCGUGCAGCUCGGUGAGUGCCGUGGGGGAGUUGGCGGCGGUGCUCUGUGCCACGAAGACCGAUCUGGGCGCAUCGGCGGUCACCCAGGUGGGGGAAGACCGACCGAGUGGGACAGUGCCGCGCGACCUCCCCCCACCGAGCGCGGUCGUGGGUCCUCCAGGAGUCCGUUGGGCCUUUCAGACUUUGGUUCUGCUGGCGCUCCGUGCGGAGCUGGUGCCCAGGGGGGCGCGGCGCAGCCACGACGAUGCUGGCCUGCUCAGCGGCCGGGAGGCGGAACGCGCCUUCGCGUUGCCCUGCGGUCUCGACGUGUGCACCACGUUGUCGGGCCUCACCAGCCCCCCCAACUUGCGCCGCUGCGAGCCGCGGCGUGGAGUCCCCGCUACGGAGCGCUACGUGGAGGUCCUCGACAUGGAUGGCCAGGUCCUGUGUGAGCCACGAACUCUGGAGCAGUGCCUGGCGAUGGGCCUGCUUCACCGCGCGGUGCACGUGUGGCUCUGCGUGCCGCGCACCGGUGCGUUGCUCCUGCGGCGCUGGAGCCCGGAGGGCGCGAAGCACCCAGGUGCGCCCAGCUUCCGCGUCCGAUGCCGCGGUCGGUGGGGCCUAGCUCUUGGGGAGGGCCAGGUGCUGGAGUUCCGGGCAGCUGCUAGCUCCUCUUGA